AUGUCCUCCAUCGAGAGUGUCGCCAGACACACGACGCAACCGACCAUCGAGUAUCUGGCAGCAAACGUCUCCGCAGGAAGGAGAGAAGUGCGACCGCCUCCGUCAAGAGCCAAGAGCCUGUUGAUAUCUUUGUUGCUUGACCUGAUUAAAAAGUCAGCACCAGCUAGGAUUAUCAAUGUAUCUUCCACGGCUCACUCCUGGGGAUCCAUAAAUCUAGAGGACCUCAACAGUGAGAAGCAUUACAACAAGAAUAAAGCCUAUGCUCAAAGCAAGCUAGCCAAUGUCCUCUUCACCCGCUCACUGGCGAAACGAUUAGAAGGCACAGGCGUGACGACCUACUCUCUCUAUCCUGGAGUUGUUCAGACUGAGUUGUGGCGUCAUCUGAAUGGUGUCCAGCAAUUCUUCAUGAAGAUGAUCAGUCCUUUUACCAAAAACUCUGUCCAGGGAGCGCAGACAACAAUUUACUGUUCUGUUGACCCAUCAUUGGAGAAGGAGAGUGGCGGAUACUACAGUGACUGUGCUCCUGCUAACUGCUCUGCGGCUGCCAAAGACGACAACGUGGCGGAGAAGCUGUGGGAGCUGAGCUGCAGUUUGCUCUCUUUAACGUGGGACUGAGACAUUCACAACUGAAAAUAACAUCCUGGCAGUAUAUUCUGUUUCUUUAUUACUUGAUUAUUUUAUUAUAAUGUAGAUAAAAAUGUGCAGUUGUCAUUAUCUAAAUCUGCUUACAGUUUCAGAUUUUUCCAACACUCCUUGUAUGCUGUUUUCUCAUUGCCUGAGCACUUAUGGGCACGCCAAACUUUAAACACUUCAUCUUUAUCUCAACAACACAGCUGUAAAACUUUAUUCUGCACAUUGCACAGUUUUGACUUUUUAGUUGUUCCUUGGAAAUAAUUUAUUAUGGUCACAUUUGCCUUUGACUCACACAGUGAAACUGGUAACUAUGUCGAAUAGCAAAUAUAAGAUCAGUGGAAAUCUUAAAACCCUGAUUUAUAAAAAUUAAAAGAAGCUUAAAUAUUUUCUUUAUUAACGUUUAAUACAAGGUUUGUAAUUAAUUGGAUACCAUCUGCAUGAUAAUUAAUAAUAGACUGUAGUCUUGUUUACAUUGUUUACAAAAACUUUUCUUUUUACUUUCUGACAUUAAACUGACUCAUGGAGAGCAUU